AUGUCUGAGAAGGCAGAGAAUCUGAAGGAUGUGAUGCCCACCGAGCGCAAGUCCAUGUGGAAAUCGGUGGAGGAGAGGCGCAUAUCUGAUCUUACUAGAGUACUGGAGUGGCUGGAACGGAGGCAGGGCAAGAAGAAGCAAGCUCCUCAGGUCCAACAAAGCCCCAAGAAAGAUGGAGACUCUGUCAUGUACCGGAAACACUAUGGAAUGCAGAAAAAGGCAAAACGCCUCAGUAUAGUCCCAGGCACAGACCCAGGCAACUACGCCAAGAGCAGCUCCGGGAAAUCUGAUUUAGACAACAAGGAUACAUUGGCCAUGGAUUCCUCUCCCCGAGGCGGCUCACACCGUCGACAAAGCAGUUUAGAUCCCAUAUACCCGGAUAGUAUCUUCCCGCCACGGAAGAGUAACCUCAUGAAAGACUGGGCAACCAAGACGCCUGAUAUCUCUUAUGAGCGCAAGCUGAUGUCCCUCAUGGAGAAGGGCACUGAACCCAAAAUGGAGGCUGUGAAAAUGUUGAAGCCAGAGGAGGUGCUGAGCUGCCGAUACCUGAGGCUGUCCAAGAACAACAUCAAGACCUUGCUCAAGCUGUGCAAAGAUGCAGGGAUGGACGUGGACAUCCACCCCCACAUGACUGAAGGAGAGAUAAAUGCUAAAAUGGUGUUUGCCCAACCCCCCAACACAGCCCUCUAA